AUGAAGGUUCGGGUGGAUCCUUCACUGGGAGAAAACCGCGGUUUUGUCCCAUGGGAAUCCGAAAAUGAUCCUUCACCAGGAAGGUAUUCAAUGGGUAUUGAUCCUAUUAGAGCACCAGAGAUUGUGAUUUGGGAAGGGGAAAAGAGGAAAUGGCGUAGCGGACCGUGGAACUCGGCUAUCUUUACCGGUAUACCGGAUAUGUACCGAGUCACGAACUAUAUUCGAGGGUUUAAGCUCUCUCCUCCUGAUCGAGAUGGCNAAGAAGCCGAAACAGAGGACACGUUCUGUUUCGGGAUGUGUACGAGGACUAAAAUCGAGAAGCUUCCGUUACCUCAAGACAAGAUCUUAUCAGUUGUUCACUUAGACAGUUCUGGUAAAGAGACUUCGGUUAAGAAGGUUUUGUUCAUACCGGCUCUCGAUCAAUCCUUGUCCUCGAAUCGGUAUUACGUUGUUCACGCUAGAGGCAGAUACAAAGGGAAAGUUUCUGUGUGUUCUAGAGAGAUAGAGAGAGGGUUAUGUUGUUUUCCAGAUGUCUUGCAUGACAAGAAACCUAAACCUUUGGAUCCAAGAAACAUAUAUCAGACGGUUAAGAUCAAUCGGCAUCACGAUCGGACGUUCUUUGCGAAAUCUGUGGCACCAGAAGGUACACCUCCUUCGUUUCUCAAGAAAAAAGGAUGGGAGCUACGAACCUCGAGGAGCCUACAUCCGAGGAGACCUAGAGAAGCUCUAGGCUUAGACGAUGAGCUAAGAGCCUGCCUCCCUCCAUUCGGAUUUCCAGUCUCUACGAUUAGGUCAGGUAGCGUGAUAGUAGGAGAAUGGUAUUGCCCGUUUAUGUUUGUGAAGGAGAAUUGUAGUGUAAGUCACCAAAUGAGGAAGUCAAUGUUUUAUAGGAUCACACUUUCCCAAUACUGGGAACGGAUCUACCAUUGCGAAAACAAUGAAGCCAACAACAAUCUUGACGAGAACAGUGAUGAUAACGAAGAAGAAGUAGUGAGAGUAGAGGCGAAUGUAGUGAGAGAGGCCAACUAUGUGAAGGGUAUGGAGGCGGUUAAGGGGGAAAAAGAAGGGCAUGGAGGGUUUUAUUGGUAUAGGCAGGUUCAAGGUUCACGAGGACCGGGAGAGAGGAGGAGGAAGACGGGUUCAGGGUCUCCGGUGGGGUUGAGUUUCGUGGUGGUAGAAAGGAUGAGAAGGGUAAUGGAAGAAGGAGGGUGGGUGGGAGGAGGAAGGAAGGUGGUGAGAGUGGAGAGGGAUGAACCAAUUAGGGUUUCUAGAAGAGAUUGUAGGAAUAUGAAUGGUAACAACGAUAGAGAUUGGAGGAGAUUUGGGUGUUAUGUGUUGGUGGAGAGUUUUGGGCUGAGAAGAGCAGAUGGGGUUUUGUUGGUUAAAUGUGUAUUUAGACAUACUAAUAGAUUGAGAUGUAAGUGGGAGUGACUCUUCCUUUAUGUAAGAAAAUAUGCUUAUGCAGUAUUACCAAAAUCCCUAAGCCUGGGACCUGCAUGCUUAUGGGUUAUGUUUUAUGAAAUAUAGUAGUACAGCUUUCCUAAAUCUGUUUAUGUACUGAUUUGUAUACAAGUACAAUAUAUAGUGUCGAUAAAGUUUGAUGA